GAUGGUUUCAGGACGAUUCACCCGAGUCACUUCAUGUGUCGGUUGUGUCCACAUAAGACGUCAUCAUACGGCGACAGUGACGUUUGGCAACGGAUUUCGAUAGGUUCGAUAAGCAUGGCUCCAUCGCCCACCAAGAGGAAGGAUCGCUCUGACGAUAAAACCAAAGAGCGAGGAAAGGAGAAAGUAAGCAGCAAAGACGGAGCGGACAAGGAGAGGACCAGGGAGAAGGGUCACAAACGCCGCAGCGCUUCCACUGGCAGCAGCAGUUCCAGUUCCAGCAGCAGCUCUGGCUCCAGCUCUGGCUCCUCCAGUGGCUCCAGUUCAUCUUCGGCCUCCAGUCGCUCUGGGUCCUCCAGCUCCCGCUCCUCCAGUUCCUCCAGCUCCACUGGGUCACCCACCCCUAACCGUCGUCGCCAUGACAACCGCAGACGUUCUCGUUCCAAGUCCAAGUCUGUGAAGAAAGAUGACAAAGAUCGACGUCGCAGGAGCCCCAGCCCAAGGCCCACUAAGGUGUACCUGGGCCGUCUCACCAGAAACGUCAUCAAGGAACACAUCCAGGAGAUCUUCUCCACCUAUGGGAAGAUCAAGAUGAUUGACAUGCCCAUGGACAGACUCCACCCCCACCUGUCCAAGGGCUACUGCUACGUGGAGUUUGAGACGGCCGACGAGGCAGAGAAGGCCCUCAAACACAUGGAUGGAGGUCAGAUUGAUGGUCAGGAGAUCACCGCCACUGCUGUGCUGGCCCUCAGGGUGCGCCCACCCCCUCGCCGCCCCAGCCCACCCCGCAGGAUGCCCCCUCCUCCGCCCAUGUGGCGCCGGACCCCCCCACGAAUGAGAAGGAGGUCCCGGUCGCCUCGGCGACGGUCUCCAGUGCGCCGCCGUUCCCGAUCUCGCUCACCUGGACGAAGACGCCAUCGCUCUCGUUCCAGCUCCAACUCUUCGCGAUGAAGAGCAGCAGGGGGUCACAGAAUCCUCUGUGGAUUUCUCCAAACUCUGUGCGCAUGGCAGAGCAUCAGUGUGACCUGCAGUGCUAUAUGAGCUGCCUUUUAAUGAGACUUCAAGACCGUCUCUCCACUGAUGGCCAUGUUAUGAAGGGAGCAAAGUUUGUUUGCAGCUCUAUCCUGUUGAUGUGUUUAUCCUUUAGACAUAUUUUAGUGUUUGUACAACUUAUUAUGAUUGUGUACUUGUACAUAAGAGAAAGAGUUUGUAUAGAUAAAACCUUUAGGGUGCUGUGUUUUAGUUUGACCUUACUCUUAGUUAACACAGAUGGCACGCCGUUUUUUCGUUGCUGUUUGUCUGGUUCAGUUCUUCUGAAACAAACACACUGCAUGACGCUGUCGUCGAUUUCUAUUACCAUAGUGAUUUAUGGUCCAGAACUGUCUACUUGUGUGAUGUGCAACAAUGUGAUUCCGAGGGCCUUUGUCAUUAUCAGAUUUAUGUGUUCUAUUGACAAUAAAAUGAGUGAAAGCUCAACAAAACAACCA